UCGAAUCUGGUAGUCAAAAAUUAAAAGAAAAGUUCAUGAAAUGUCAAACUGGUGUGUUUCAAAAAUUUUUAAAACCUUCAAAAGAAAAUAAUCCAAAUACAGUAGAAUUGCAAUGUAAAAUUGAUGUCCCAUUGCUUCCUACUAGUACUUCCUCUUUGAAUGAAAAUGAAAAUUAUUCCGUUCUAAGUCUUGAUUACGAACAAGAAAUGUCUAGAAAUAUUAAUGUAAAUAUAAAUUAUGAACAAGGUAUAACUAUUAAUUCAAAUUUUAAUAAAAUGAUGAAGUUUUUCAAAAUUUCGAAUGGCCUAGUAAUUUAAGCAUUAAGGACGGUUUACACGUAACGACUUAUUGUACGUUUUAUCGUUUUCCAUCUCAGUUUCAACUGUAUUUCAGUUAUGACGAUAUGGAAGAAGCACUGUUGUGGUUUUUUACCAUAAUAUCCCUAGUACAGAUGCAUCAGCUUACGAAGAAAAAAAAGAGAAAUAGAAGAAAGUGGUCAAGGAAAUGGCUUUUAAAAAGAAGUCAGUACUCCCAUAUCAAUUUACUGAAGGAAUUGAGUAUUGAAUCUAUGGAUAAUGACUGGCGCAAUUGUUUGCGUAUGGACGCUAUGACUUACACUCGAUUGUUGGAACUGGUAACGCCAUACAUAAGGAAAGAUGACACUUGUAUGAGAAAAGCUAUUUCACCACAAGAAAGGCUUUCAGCAACUUUAAGAUUCCUUGCUACAGGGAGAAGCUAUAAAGACUUGAAGUUCACUACCAUUGUAUCUAAAUCAAGUUUAAGCAAAAAAAUUCCUGAAACAUGUAAUGCAAUCUAUCAGGUUCUAAAAAAAGAUUACUUAAAGGUUAGUAAAUACUAAACAUUUUAUUCUUUAGAAGUAUUAACUUUAAUUUUUUAAUAACAAAUUACAAGUAAAUUCAAUUUUUUAUCAAAAAAAAAAAAAUACUUAGAUGGUCGUAUAAUAGUAAGACAAAUAUUUCCUGAUAUUAUCAUAGCAAAAAAGUAGUAGCCUUAGUCAUUUCCACCUGAAAAAAUGGUUACAUAUUCUGCCAAGGCUGAACCAGAAGCAAGUGUAGCUGGUGGUGUGUUAUUGAUGGAUGAUCCUUUCAUGUUGCUUUGUAGUUUGUUGAAAUGCUCCGGUAUGAAGAUGUGGAUAUACAACUUGACGAGGAAAUUCAGUUUGUGGUUGUUGAUAUUGAAAUGAU